AUUCAAGAUUCAAAGAAAGUCAUAAAUGUCUGACAUAUCUUCCUCACCAGAAAAUGUGAAUUUAUUGACAUUGUUUGUGUAUUAAGAUGUAGGAAUGCAGCUGUUUAAUUCUGGAACCGGUAACUUAUUAGUUCGGAUAAAACCAAUGUAUAAUUAUUCAUUCAAUUAUCAGUAACCUCAACACGUAUUUGUGACUUAUUUGACACUUGAAAUAUCAAGUUAUACAAAAAAAAUUAACAAUGUCAACAAACUACGAAUCUUAUCUGAAAACGUCUUUAUCUAAGUAUAAAUAUGCAGACAUUGCCAAAAGAGAUGUACUUAAUGUAUUUCAACAAUUCAAAGACCUUCGACCGGCAUACGAUUCCUACAUUUUCAAUGAUGGGUCCAAAAAGGAGCUCCUGAAUUUGGAUGGAACUAUUCCCGUAUCAUACAGAAAUGUUACAUACAACAUCCCAGUAUGUAUCUGGAUCCUUGACACACAUCCCUACAAUCCUCCAAUGGUCUUCGUCAAACCUACAAGCAGCAUGCAGAUCAAACAGGGCCGGAAUGUGGACGCCAACGGCAAAGUAGAUCUGCCCUACCUCCGUGACUGGAGAUAUCCACAAUCGGACCUGCUUGGGUUGAUACAGAUACUUGUAAUAGUGUUCAGUGACGAUCCACCGGUAUUCUCCCGGGCUCAGGCCCAAAGACCGAACCCGUACCCCCAGGCACAGUCGUCCAACCUGCCGUACCCAUCACAAGGAGGCUUCCAGAUGCCGACCCCCGGUGGAGGUACAUCUAAUCCUCCAGCAUACACCCCUUAUCCCUCAGGGGGAUACAACCAGCCAGGGAGUGGGUCCAACUUCAAUUAUGGUGGAAAUUUUCAACAGCAACCACAAGGAUUCCAAGGAUACCCACCAAGUACUGGAGGUUAUCCUCAAAGUGGCCAGCAGCAGUAUCCGUCGCAGACGCCAUACCCAGCCUAUCCAUCUCAAUCGCAGUACCCUACAUCCACAGCCAGCACAGUGACAAGUUCUGGCCCGAGUGGACCUGGGAAUACCAACACAGUGACGGAGGAACACCUACGGAUGUCAUUACUGUCUGCUGUCGAGGAUAAAAUGAAACGGAGACUUAGGGAAAUAUUUGAGCAAGCACAGGCUGAAAUGAAUGUACUGCACAAAACACAGACAGAUCUUCUUCAAGGGAGGGAAAAAUUGGACAAAAUGAUGAAGGAUCUUGAUACAGAAAAGAAUGACAUUGAGAGCAACAUCCAAAUGUUGAAGGAGAAGGAUCGUGAGGUGAAGGACGCCUUGGAGAAGAUGGGUAAACAGGAUUCAAUGAACAUCGACGAUGCAGUGGUCACCACAAUGCCACUGUAUAAACAGCUAGUGAACUCGUUUGCUGAGGAACAAGCCAUUGAAGAUGCUCUGUUUUACCUGGGAGAUGCACUACGCAAAGAUGUCAUUGAUAUUGAUGUCUUCCUCAAGCAAGUACGAGAGCUCUCCAGAAAACAGUUCAUGUUGCGAGCUUUAAUCAUAAAAUGUCGUGACAAAGCAGGAUUGCCUCCCUUGGCCUGAUGAAUACAGUCUUUAUAUCAAUAACUUUGACAUUACCACUGUGAUUCACAGGGUGAAUAAAUUUACUCAAAAAUCUUUUUUUUGAAAGUUGCAUUGUGGAAAUUCAUAUUUCGGACAGUAUCAAAAAAGUAAUUAUAAAAUAAAUUUUGAAUCCUAAUUUAUAAACAAGUUUAAAAAAUUAUACAGUAUAUCCUUACGGUGGAACUGGACUGGGCUGAACACUGGUUUCCAGAUAGUUCAAAUGGUAAGAGAGACCAUUUAGAGUUUGGAGGUCCCAGGUUCGAGUCCGGUUUGGUCAUUGCAUUUUCCUUUCCUGUUACAUCCUCAUAAAUACACUUUUCUGAUAAACAAGAUGGAAGAGCUUCAGUGUUGCUAGCAAACUUUUGUACUGCUGUUCCAGUCGAAGGACAUUUGUAGCAAGAUGACAUGAAUAUUUCUUGUCAGUAUUAGUUAUUAAUAUUUUAGCUAUAGCAUCAUAGAUAUUUAUGAUACAGAGAACUCAAAUUUGUGGAAAUUCUUAAGUGAAUGAACAGUGUCAUGUUCAUUCUUUUCCUUCUGUUAAAUAUGGAUUCAUUUUUUGCCAUGCACAAGAAAAAAGUUUACAAAACAGCAUUGACAUCUGAUUGUAUAGUAAUAAUACUAUUAGGGAUUUUGAAAAGUAGUCCAGGUAUAUUUAUACGAGGAAUUUUAAUUGUACUUGUGUUCAUUAUAAAUGGGAUUCGUUUUGGUAGUAAUUCAUGUUUGUUUUUACAAACAUUUCCUAAUGCCAUAGUAUUUUUAGGGAAUGAUGGCAAAAAUGAGAAUUAAUAUCAUAAACAUUAUCUUAAUCUUAUUUUAAUGCAGUUUUCCCUUAUUUAAUAUAGUACAUUGUAUACUGUAUUCUUUACGACACGUGAGACUAUGACAGACAUAGAAAGUUACAUAUUUCAUUUAUAUCAUUCAUCUAAACAGAAAGUUAAUAAUUCCAGUGAAAUGUUUUCCUUUGUGAAUUUUGAGAAUUGAAGUUUUCCAGAUUGUCACUGAAUUGAGACAUUGAUAAUGUUUGUCAGUAUGCACUGUACAUUCUCCAUCAGGAAUAGAAUCAUCAUUUUAGUCUGGUCAGGUCUACACAGGAUAUGGCUAAUUUAUCUCCCUUGUUUUUAAUGUCGUCCGUCUAUAGGGUCAGCCAGGAAGUAGAUGUGACAUUUUUUAACAAUAUUUUGCACUCAGUAACAGAAAUGCUUGUUAGGAAAACCUCUUUUUCACCGGAUAAUUUACUUUCUAUGACAAAGCCAUGUAGAAAAAUACUCUUUGAUGAAAAUAAUUAGAGAUUCAACUCUCAGGAUUCAGAGCUUCAUUAGAAAACAAGUUUGUUACCCCUGCCAAUGGAAUUCACUUAUAGCUUUCACAUAGGAUAUGGAAAAUGUUUAACUCAAAUAAUUUGAAUUGAUGUUGACCUUAGGUCGAGACAAAUGUAUGGAAGUUGUAUGUCUGUGACAUGUACAGAAAGCUUAGUAAGGUGUGAAUUGUGUAGUGGAACAGGGUCUGAAAUCGUCCACAGAGCUUACAUUCAAGAGACACGUAGUUUGACCAUCACUGUGACAUACACAAUAUAACAGUUUUGAAAAAAUUAACCUGUCUAAUUUGACACCCAGUGGGAUACAGCAUCUUGAUCAAAUGAACGUGUCAAAUACAGCAUUCUGUAAAAAAUAAAUAUUGAUAAGAUUAACUGUUGGAAGACUUGUGUAGUUCUUUAAGGAUUACUUACCAAGUUUAAAUAGACAGGAUAUCAGAUUACUUAGUGGUCAGAUAAGACAGUCUGGUUCAGAUUAGGCAGGUUUCAUUGUGUACAGGGUUAUCAUUGUUUUCCCAGUAACAUGGUACCCAUGAAGCAUUAACUGUAGGGUCUUACAUAAUUGUCUGAUAUAUUUGUUUGAUUUUGUUUUUAAUUUACAGUAACCCUUUAUCAGUAUACAGUAGUUUUACUGCAGCUUGUCUUGUCUGUGUUUUAUUAUUUUGAGGGAAAAUACAGAAGAUGUUGAAAAGAUGUUAAUAUGUAUUGUGUUGUUAUUGCAGGGUACACAGCAGCUAACAUUUCAAACACGAGGUAUAGAUUAUACUUGUUUACGUUGGGGGGGGGGGGGGGGGGGGCUGAAGUGGCUGUCAUUGGUCUAAUGGGGUUGCAACAUAUUGUUUUUUGUCAAUAAAAUUUCCUCGUGAAAAAAUUACUUGUAAGGGUAAUAAUAUUAUCACAAAUAAAAAAAAAAAGGGACAUAAAAGUUUCUGAAUCUUCUUACCUAUAUUUAGAUCAAUAUUUAAAUGUUAUAUCAUAAAUGUUUUAUCAUGAAAAAUGAGAUAUGGAUUUUUUUAAUUUUUUUUUUUAUUUUGGAGUAUUUUUCACAAUUUGAAAAAAAGUUACAAUGAUUUAGUUACACACAAAGAAAAUCACUAAUUUUCUACACAACUCUGGUUCUGACCGUUUGUAUAGUAUCUAGCCAAAAAACUGUUUUAUAUCAGCUAGAACAAUUUUAAGUCACAUUGGAACUUAGAAAUUAAUUGAAAAUACUUGAAACUUAAGUCAUGAAAUGUGGAUACCAGUUAUAUUUCAUGAUUUUGCUGGAAUUUGAAGUUGAAAAAUAGCUAAACUUGUUUUGUUUUUGUCCUAAGUGAUGGUGACAAUUACGGUAUGUAAGGAUAUGUAAAUUUCAUGUUGUGUAAUUUCCUAUAUUAUUGCACUGUAGUAAACCUUGGUAAUCUGAUCACUUUGGACACGUUUGGUAAUUUGAUUAAAAGCAGUAUAUAUUUAAUUUCACGAAGGAAAUAAAUUUCGAAUUACAAGGAUGUGCUUCUGUACAAGAAAAUAAUUUGGACAUCGGAGAGACACCUUUCAUGACAUUCUAACCUAGACAGGCCUUUAUUCAACAAGAAUUACAAAUACUUUUGGAGAAAAGGUGUUUUUGUUUAGUUCCAUGACUAACAAAUAUAAAUUUUAAACAGAGAUGUCUAUGUGGUACACCUGUCGGAAUAGCCUGGUGAACUUGUUCACACUGAACUAGCUUCAGUAACAUUUCUGUAGCUUUUUAAAUCAUGCAAAUUAACGAUUAUUUUUAAUAUUGAUUGAAUGUUGAAUGGGUAUGUAUGAAUUGUAUUAUUACGCUUAUAAAACAAUAUUAAAAGAAA